GGUAGUACCCCCAUUCUUCGACAUCCGAGGCUCAUUGUGCCGUCUGAAAUCAGACCCAGACAUUCUUAUCCGUUCCACGUCUCUCGUACCCUUUUCUUGUUGAUAUACAUCACCCAUCCAUCCACCUUCGUCUUUCUCUCCACUGCCGUCUGUCCUACUUCUGUCUGAUCUACCCGCCAUCAUCACAACCCGCAUUUGAAGCUUUUACAACUGUUACAAUGGGUGCCCUCGAGAGAUUGACUCAACUUGGCGGCCAGUUUACUGCUGGCGGCAAGGACAAGAUCCUCCAAAAGAAUGCCGACGAUGUCGUCGUCACUGCGGCCCUCCGCACGCCCUUCACCAAAGGUGGCAAGGGCGGCUUCAAGGACACCCAAGCCGCCGACCUGAUGGCCGGUGCCCUCAAGGCCCUCCUCGAACGCUCCAAGAUCGACCCCGCCCUCGUUGAGGACAUCGCCGUCGGCACUGUCCUGGCUCCCGGAGGUGGCGCCACCGAGAUGCGCGCCGCCGCUCUCGUCGCCGGCUUCCCCCAGACUACUGCCGUCCGCACUCUCAACCGCCAGUGCUCCUCGGGUCUACAGGCCUCCGUCGACAUCAUCAACCAGAUCAAGACGGGCAUGAUUGACAUCGGCAUCGGCUCUGGCGUCGAGAGCAUGUCUACCCAAUACGGUCCCGGCGCCGUCUCCGAGUUCUCCGAAACCCUCGAAAACUUCCCCGAGGCUGCCAACUGCAAGGUCCCCAUGGGUGUCCUCUCUGAGAACAUGGCCCGCGACCUCGGCAUCCCCCGCACCAAGCAGGACGCCUUCGCCGCCUCAUCGUACGCAAAGGCUGCCAAGGCCCAGCAGGAGGGUCUCUUCAAUCAGGAGAUCGCCCCCCUCAAGGUCAAGUUCGAGGACCCCAAGUCGGGCGAGACCCGUGAAAUCACCGUCGACAAGGAUGAUGGCAUCCGCGCCGGCGUCACGGCCGAGUCGCUCGGCAAGAUCAAGCCGGCCUUUGCCAAGGACGGUGGCAUCCACGCCGGCAAUGCCUCCCAGGUCUCUGACGGCGCCGCCGCCGUGCUCUUCAUGAAGCGCUCCACCGCCGAGCGCCUUGGCCAGCCCAUCCUGGGCAAGUUCGUGUCCGCCGCCAUCGUCGGCCUGCCGCCCCUGCUCAUGGGCCAGGGCCCGGCCAAGGCCAUCCCCGUCGCCAACGCUAAGGCCGGCAUCGCCACCGAGGAUGUCGAUAUCUACGAGAUCAACGAGGCCUUUGCCUCGCAGUGCUUGUGGAGCGCCGAGCAGCUUGGCAUCCCCUUCGAGAAGGUCAACCCCAAGGGCGGCGCCAUCGCCUUCGGCCACCCUCUGGGCUGCACCGGCGCGAGACAGAUCUCGACGCUGCUGUACGAGCUCAAGCGGACGGGCAAGAAGAUUGGCAACACGUCCAUGUGUAUCGGCACCGGUAUGGGCAUGAGCGCCGUGUGGGUUGCCGAGUAAACGGGACAAUGAUGUGAGAUGAUGAAACCUUGUACUUUAGUUAAAGCAUUGGGCCUGGCUGUACACCAACAGAAUGGUUCUUGGAUUUAGGCGUAUGAAAUACGACGGUAUAUGAAGUCUAUAUACUCG